AUGGGGGCGUUGAACACAAGCCUCAGCAGUUGGUCUAUGCUGCUGCUGAACGUUUGCGACCUGAGCCGCUUCGCUCCCAGGCAGUCGGAUCAUGUCUGGGGACACAUGGCGGGAGUUCUGGUGCCCUUUAUGGCAACCCUGGUGGUGGGGAUGUUGGUUGCCGGAGCCACGAAAGUAGCCUUCGGCAGUGCCGUGUGGCAGCUUCCCGCCGUCUUCGAGCAUUGGCAUCCAGUGCUCAGCGUGCUUGGCGCACUGGUGCUGGCCUUCGGGACCCUGGUCGUCAACAUCUUGGCCAACCUCCCCUCGCCCAUCAACGACAUCAUGAACCUGGCGCCGAAGCGCUUCACCUACCGCGGCUCUGGCUUCUUCGUCCUCCUCCUCUCUUUCGCUGUUUGCCCUUGGUGGACCUUCUCUGGGGAGGUCUCCUUUGUGCUCAGCUUUCUCGACGGCUACGCCAUGGUAACGGGUGCUAUCGCUGGUGUUUUGCUCUGCGACUACUGGAUCGUCCAGACACGGUUUCUGGAUCUGGAGGAGCUCUAUUCAUCGACGGGCGUAAAGUGGCGCCCUCUGCUGGCCGUGGCUGUUGGCAUUGCCCCCUGCUUUCCAGGAUUCUUGGAUGCCACCCUGGCCGCCCACAGUGAAGGCCACGUGAGCUUGGUGAGGCCUUUCUGGGCUCACCUGUACUCUGGUGGAUCCUUUUUAGUUUCCCUCGUCCUCUCGGCGCUCGCGUACUUCCACUUAUCUUCGAGUUCCUCAUUUCUGUAG